UAUAAAUGACAUUUGUAAUAGGUUAGAAUAAAAUUUUUCUAUUAAAUUUUUUAUCUUAACUUUUGACCUACUUGCUAAAUGACAGUUAUUUAUCUCAUUAAUGUGAUAAUCGGAUAUAACUUUACCAACGGCACAGAGAUAGCCAGGGACAAAACAGAUUGAUCAUGGAUUAUAUAUUCAUGUUCGCAUUCAUUAUAACAUUUGUAAAUGAAGUAUCAAGUGAUUAUUUAUGUGUAUGUAGUCACCACACACAAAGAGAAAUAUACGGAACGCCUUCAGUGAAUUCAAUGCCACUGGGAUUCCUAUAUCAAGAUGAGUGCAAAGCUCUAGUAUCACAGCCGAAGUUAGACAAACAGUGGAUAGCCGUCCAGUUCUAUCAUAUGAUUGCUUACAUAGAAACAGAUGCUCUAGUAAAUAUUGUUCAGUGUCAAGGAACAAUACCAGAUGAAGACAAAGCCAGUACAAUGUUCCCACCAACCACACAGAAGCCGGGACAGACGAGUACGACAAAGCCGUCACAUGCAGUAACUACUGGGAUAUCCACUUCUAAUCCUACACAAAUGAAUUCCCACACGACAUCCGGGUUACAAUCAACAACAUAUCGCCAAACUUCACAUAGCACAUCAACAAGAAAAACAACGCAAUCAACAAUUCAUGUAACGCAUAGUCCUACUACACACCAUCAUGUUACUGUAAUACCAACUGCUGCUCAUUUCACAAUAGGUCAUUUAGAGCUUUGUCCAGCAAAUGUACGUCGGGGCUCAUUAAUUAAUGGAUUCAAACUAGGGCAAUAUAAGCACAGUUGUUACGAGGUUUGUAACACGCCAGUGUCAUGGUUCCAUGCUAAUGAAAUGUGCAAAGCUAGAAGAGGUCACCUUGCAACUCUGAGCAAUCUGAGUGAAAAUCAUUUCCUUAAUAUGUUAAUAAAACAGUAUUUUCACGGAAAAGAAUUCUGGAUCGGACUGAAUGACCUCGGUCAUGAAGAACACUUCACCUGGUCAUCUGGGGAGCAUGACUCGUAUAGAAACUGGAGACAUGGUCGCAAGAGCUCACAUCAUUCUCGGGAAGACUGUGUUGUAAUGCUAGAUAACGGCCAUUGGGAUGACAUGGAAUGCGGGUCGACUAUGGCCUUCAUGGAAUUCCUACAACCUAGACACCCAUACGUGUGUGAAUACGGUACAGUGAAUGGAGCAGCUUUAGUUGGCUGAACACAGUAAUCUUACGUGAUUCAAUUAUCUUUACCAUUGUUGUUGAAUAAAAAUGUUAAACAUACAACUAAAAA